CUUUCUGCAGCACUUGUACCACAUCUGAUUGCAAAAGUGCGGAGGCUACCGAGAUUCUUCACGGCAUUGCAGCGUCCUAACAAGUCAGUAGUAAAAGCUUGUGACCGUAACUGAAAGAUACAAGAUGGCAUUUGGCGACCGAGGUGGCAGAGGUGGCGGACGAGGUGGCGGACGAGGCAGGGGUGGCCCUCCUGGUCGAGGAGGCGGCCGCGGCGGUGGCCCAGCUGGCAGGGGCGGCCGUGGUGGAUUCGGAGGUCGAGGUGCCCCGGGCGGCCGUGGUGGUGCCCGUGGCGGUGCACGCGGUGGUAGUCGCGGUGGACGAGGUGGUGGUGCUGGCGGCGCCAGGGGUGGGGCCAAGGUCAUCGUCAAGCCUCACCGACAUGGCGGUGUCUUCAUCGCCGAGGGCAAGGAACACCUGCUGGUCACCAAGAACCUCUCGCCCGGCGAAGCUGUCUACGGCGAGAAGCGGAUCAGCGUCGAGUCACCAUCAGAGGAUCCCUCGGUGCCGGCAACCAAGGUGGAGUACCGAGUCUGGAACCCGUUCCGAAGCAAGCUUGCAGCGGGUAUCCUCGGUGGCCUAGACCACAUCCACAUUGCGCCUGGCGCUAAGGUGCUGUACCUCGGUGCUGCCAGCGGGACGAGCGUGAGCCAUGUGGCCGACGUAGUGGGACCCGAGGGGAUCGUCUACGCGGUCGAGUUUUCGCACCGCAGCGGCCGAGAUCUGAUUAACAUGGCCAAGAAGCGGACGAACGUGAUCCCCAUUAUCGAGGACGCACGGCAUCCACAAAAGUACCGCAUGCUCGUCGGGACGGUCGAUGUCGUCUUUGCGGACGUGGCGCAGCCAGAUCAGGCACGCAUUGUCGCGCUCAACUCGCACCACUUCCUCAAGGACAAGGGUCAUGCGCUCAUUUCGAUCAAGGCAUCUUGUAUCGACUCGACGGCGGUGCCCGAGGCAGUGUUUGCGAGCGAGGUUAAGAAGCUGCAAUCAGAGAUGUUCAGGCCGAGGGAACAGCUGACGCUUGAGCCAUACGAGAGGGACCACGCAAUGCUUGUCGCGCAGUACCAGCGCCACGCCUGAGCGAGCGAGCCGGUCAACCAGCCAGCAGCAGCAGCAUCAUCAGGACUUUGAUCUGCACCAACGCAUCUCUUUGUCCUCAUGCAAAAGCAGAGGGGCGGGAUGCGUACUCCCCCCUGCAGGCCUCCACGUUUUCGUUUACAACCCCGCUUGACUGUCUUGUACACUAGUGAUCCUACUGUCCGCGCAAAACCUUUUCCCAUCGCUAGAUCAAGGUGUCCACACUGCAGCUUGAACCAUGCAUCGUCGCACAUUGACGUGCAUUUGUCAUUAUUGGUGUAAU